AUGGAUGCAACGAAUACAAAAACAAAAGAAAAGUUAUUAUCAAUUAUAAAUGAUAUAGCUCAACAAGAUACAACAUCAUCCUAUAGUAAUAAAGCAAGUCAAAAGGCUGUAGCUCAGUAUGCUCAAAUUAGAUCAUUGUUACCUGAGCUUGUAAAUAGUGUUUUAAUAUCAACUGCAAGUGCAAAAGAUGUACAUGAUACAGUACUCAUUAUACGAUUAGUUACACAAAAAGUACCAAGUGGAGAUUGGAUAGGUGAUAAACAUGCAAUAUCACAAUACUUGUUUAGAUUGAUACCAAUCCUUACCAAUCCCAAUCAUAUGCAACGUGAAUCACUUCAUGAAGAUAUAGUUAGAUCAAUCAGUCUAUUGAUUACAUUACUAUCAAAUAAUCUAAAGGCUGCAACUGCAUUUCUUUUAGAUACAAUGGAUUUACUUAAAGAUUUACAUCAAGUAAUGGAGAUGGAUUUACAAAUUGAAUAUCCAAUAUUGAUUGAUAGUUAUCGUAGAUUAAAAAAGAAAUUAGAAUCUCCUCCUAAAGCAUCAUCAUCUUUAUCAUCAAAAGAAGGUUCUGAUAAAAAAGAUAAAUCAAAUAACAAUAAUAAUAAUAAUAAGGGUAAAGAAAAGGAUAAGGAAAAAGAAAGGGAAAAGGAACAACAAGAUAAUAAGGAAAAAGAUGAACAAAUGAAAAUAGAUGGAGAGGAGAAUAAUAAUAAUAAUAAUAAUAAUCAAAAUAAUGAAAAGAAAGUAGAAAUUACAUUAAGAGGAUUGGUUAUCAACUUACCAUCAAUUGAUAUGUUGAUGAUGUUGUACAAAAGUCUAUUUGAUGUAUUUGCAUACUUGUUGGAACAUAAAACAUUUGGAAUUGAAAUACCCUUUCUCAUUGAACAUAUCAAUCUACUAUUACAAAAUGCAUCAAGAAUUCAAUUUUCAAAAUCUUUCAAAUUAUUAAAUUGUCCAAACAAUUACCAUCAUCAAUUUAUCAAAUCACUUUUUAGAUUGGCAACUAUCAAUAAUAAUAUGACAGAGGAUAUAGUAGCAAAGACACAAAUGGAUGAUGUUAUUGGAGAGGUUUUAUCAAGACUUUUAACAAUCAUUUCAAAUCAUCAAUUUAUUGCUGGUACAAGUGAUUGUAUUUCAAAAAGAAUUCCACUUAUUUUAUCUUAUUCAAAAAGUAUUUUAUUAAAAAAUGUAUUAUGUUUAUAUUAUUAUAGAUUAUUAGAAAUAUCAGAACCAAAACAUUAUAGUAUCUUUAACAUGAUUAUAUAUUUAAAUGAUAAAGAUAUACAAAACAAUUUAGUAUCAUGUUUUAGAUAUGUAUUUAAGGUUUCAUUGGAAAAAGAAGCCUUACAACAAUCAAAUUCAAAUUCAAAUCCAAACCCACUUCAAUCUGAUAAACAGUUAUCAUCACAGUUGAUGGAUACCUUGCUGACAUCAAUGAAAAUACCAAUCCCUCUUGUUGUCACCCCAACACUAGAUGAUAUUGAUAGUGGUCGAUUUACAGCUUUAGCCAAUUUUAUCACUGGUUAUAGUUCAACUUUUAGAUUAUGUAAAGAAUUUUAUGGAAAUAAUAAUAUAAUUUUAGAACACUUUGUAACAAAUGUUUCAAAAUUUUAUAAUUUUUUAUUAUCUAAAGAAAAAUUAAAUAUUUAUUUAUUUGAAAUUUAUUUAAUUUUGUUGGAAUUAUGUUUAGAUAUUGUAAAAGGAUCACAUUCAAAGAUGGAAGAGAUUAUAAUGGGGAGUCAAUACAAAUAUUCAUUGGAUAAUAUACACAAUAUAGUGUUUCUUUUAUGGACAAGAAAGGAUUUGUUUGAAACGAUAAAGGUGGAACAUCCAAAUCAAUUUAGUUAUAUGACUAUUUUGGCAAUCAAUAUUAUGGCUUGGAUGCCAUCACAAUUCUUUCACAGUCAAAGAAAGGAACAAUAUCUAAAACUAUUAUAUGAAUUAAAACAACAAUCAUCUCCUAUUGAAAAUACUCUAAUACAACCAUCAGUACUCAAAACUUUAAUUGGUUUAAUAUCUGCAAUCCCAAUCAUUCUUGUCAAUCUUUAUAAUAUUGAAAAUUAUCCAACCAUUUAUCAAGAAACUAUUCAAACUUUAAAUGAAAUAGUAGAAAAUAAUGAAACAAAUGAAAAUAUAUUAGAAAUGAUUGGGUUAAUUGGAGGUAGUUUAAUAUGUUUUGAUACUAAGGGAUGUUUUUUACAACCAAAAGUGAUUGAAGAGAUUCAUACCAAAGAAGGUGGAAUCAUUGUAAAUAAGAAUAGCAAUAUAUUGGCACUCAACCGAAUAGAGAUUGAUAAUUUAUUGGUAGAUCAAUCACUUUUGGCUUUAUACACCAAUAUUCCAGCCCUACCAUACAAUGUCUAUCAAAUAGCAAAAUAUAAUUCAAUCAGUGGAUCAAGUACCAUCAACAUUAAAAGUAGCAGCAGUGUAAAUGUAACAACAUUACAACAAGCUGCAAAGAUUGAAAUCAACAAUGAAACAUCACCAAUCAAUAUAUGGUUACCAAGAUGUGCAUGUCAUUAUUUUAAAUCAAAAAAGGUUUUGUUAAAUAGAGACGAUGUAGCUGCAAAACAUCAAGACUCCAAGUUUACACCAAAAUAUUUGGAUAUUACCGAUGGAGGUUUCCUAUUUUCAAAACUUUUUGGUGGUCAAGACACUAGCUCUCAAGGAGAUACACUGACACGUUACAUGUACACCAAAUACACAUUCAAAUCUAUUACCGAUCAUGUCUCUCCCAUGCAAGGAAAUGUUUUAAAGAUAUUGUCACUGAUCAUUCCAUUGCUCAGUGGAAAUAGUCCUGUUUGUAAAGUUGCCAUACCUAUACUCUCCCAACUACCUCAACUUGGUGACUUUGCAUUCCGUCUACUUUUUAGAGAAUUGAAACCACUCAGUCUGCCAAGCGACGAUACAGACACUAGUAUGGACGGCAAUCCAGCCGCUCUCAACCGUAGUUCAACCAUUAUAUCCAUCAUUCGACUGUUUGGCAAGUUGUCUGCACUUCUUCCACAAGACUCUGACUAUCAAGUAGCUAUAUUCUCCAAAUUGAUAGAGUGUCUUGGUAGAGACUCGGCUAUUAGCAAUUGUAGUUCAGAUACAAUUGAAACGAUUGCUAGAAAGCAUGGUGUUACACCUCGCCAACUCAUUGGACCAACUUCAAUCAUUGCACCACAACUAUAUCCUCAUUUGGUGGAAUUGGUCAAAGAAGAACAUUUCAUGUCGAUGCAAAGAUUUGUAGCUAUACUCAAGAUGGAUACUGACGCAUUCCUAAGUGGAAUGCUUCCUCAUGUUCUUCCCAUUCUCAUUAAAACUCAGGAUGCCACAACCAUUGACGAGUUUAAACUUCACAAUGUCAACGUUGUUCGUACUAUAGACGAUAACCUAGGUUCUAUCAUUGAGCAUAUUUUCAUGACAACGCAGGACAGUCUCGUAUUGGCCGAUGGUUUGGGGUUCCUAGUAUCUGUACUAAAUACAAAAAUGGAAGAUCUUGUUGAAGAUAUUCCGUCCACUGUAUUUAUUCAUUUCGUUUUAAAUCUUGGUAAUCCUCAAAAAUUUGAUCAAGCAAAAAAUGCAAUACAAUGUUUAUCAAAUUUAACUCAACAUAUACAAAAGGAACAAGCACCAUCAUUGGAAGCAUAUUUGAUGAAGGAAUUUUUGGGUACAAUGAAUUAUUUUAAUGAAAUCAUGACCAAACACAAGAGUAUACCGGAAAAGGAAAACAUGAUGAGAAGUCUUCAUCGAUUUAUUGAAAUGCUUGGCAAGUUGGUGACAAUGUUCCGACCAAAGAUUAUGGCAUUUUUAAAGUUGGCUGUCAAGACACCUUUGGAAUCGAUUGCAAUAGAGAUUUGGGAGACUUUUAUCAAAUUGCUCGACCUAAAGGUUCUCGGUCCCUACCUCAACCAAAUUGUAUUUUCAGUACUUCCUCUUGUAGUCGCACAAGAACAAAAGGCAUACCCAAUCUUUGAAUACCUUUUCGUAACCAACAAGGCACAAUUGGAAAGUUUCUUCAAGUCUAUUCCAUUCAUGCCCAAGGAAUACCCAGUGCUGCGUGAAAUAUCUCAACAACUCGAGUUGAUUCAUAGCGGACAACCACUUGACGAGCAGCUCAAUCAAUUGAUUCAACUGUUUGGCAAUGAAAAUACUGAAGUCAAAAUGAUGACACUCAAUCGACUGCUGACACUACUCCAAGAACACCGUCAAGAGUUGUUUGCACCAGAUUCACAGCCAAUGGUGUCAAACCUCAUGAAACAUCUAUUGAUUGGGUGUCGUGAUCCAUAUCCAUUGGUUCAAUCUCGAUUUGCAGAGUGUUUGGGUGAGUUGGGUGCGGUCGACCCCGAACGUUUCAAGGACAACCCAAUCAAACUUCGUAGUGAACCAAUUCAAGAGAAAACAAGACUGGCAAUGGCUCAAGAUCUCAUUGUACAGUAUCUAUCGAGGUUUGUGUGUUCACCCAGUAACACUACUCCACAAGAUCGCGCAGGUUUUGCCAUUCAAGAGAUUCUUCACGAUUGUGGUAUCAAUGGAAAAGAGUUUAAAGGACAUGAAGCACAGGAUCUAUGGAACAACUUUUCACCAGAGGUAAAGGAAAUUAUUAGACCUUACCAAACCUCCCAAUACCAUCUACCCGAUCCACCUAAAAAGCCAAUUCCUCCACGUACCUCUUCCUUUUUUACACCAAAUAUAUCCUAUAGAAAGUGGAUUACCAAUUGGGUGUCUGAUUUGGUGUAUCGUUCAUCUGGACCAUCUGAAAAGAUUUUCAUGUGUUGUAGAGGUAUCAUCAAGGAUGACAUUAAAAUCUGUCACUAUCUCUUGCCCUACCUCAUCAUUAAUAUCUUUGAAUUUGGUAAAAUCGGUGAUCAACUAUCUAUUUCCUUGGAGAUAUUGAGUGUCUUGAAAAAUGACACUGGUCCAGUCUAUGAGAAUGGUCAAAUGUGUACUCAACGUAUAUUCGAACUACACAACUCACUUUCAAAAUGGAUUGAACAACGUAAACAAAAAAUGGUCACUGAAAAACAACCACCCAACGUUGUCAACUCUCCCAAACUACCAGAAUCGAUUCUUGCUAUCCAAGAGUUUUUAGACUCUAUUCCUCAGUUGCUCCUGGCAACUGCAUCGGCUCGUUGUGGUGCUGCUGCAACAUCACUUAUUCACGUGGAAAGUUAUAUUAAAAAGAUUAUUGCCACUGGAAAAAUGUCAAAACAUCAAGCUGUUGCUGAGCAGAUUCCACUGCUUCAACGAAUCUACCACAGUCUCAACGAUGUCGAUAGUUUGGCAGGACUUUCAGUGUUGCGUGGCAACGACAUUCCAUUGGACGAAAAAUUGGUUGACCUUGAAAUGAGCGGAAAGUGGAAUGACGCUUUCCUCUACUAUUCCAACGCAUGUAGAAUGAAUGAUCAACCUCUUAUUGGUUACAAACUCGGGCAACUCAAAUCACUCUUUCAUCUUGGUCAACAUGAUGCCGUCAUUACAAUGUCUGAUGGUAUUAAAAUGGAACUCUUCAAGUUGGAACAAUAUGAAUCAAUGAGAGAAGAAGGACGAUCCAACACAAGUACAAUUGAUUUAUCUAAAAAGUUUUUAGAUACUAAAAUGGCAUUAUCUAAAUUGAAUGCUAUUUCAUUACAAUCAGCUUGGAGUCUUGGUAAAUGGGAAAGAAUUAACAAACUAGUACACGAUGAAUCAGAUCUCAUUGAAGGUGGAUUCCAAGUAUCACUUGGCAAGAUUCUUCUUUCACUCAAUCAAAGAAAUGAAAAGGAUUUUAGUACCUAUGUACAUCAAGCUCGUGCCGAUGUUGUGCAUCAACUCUCAUCUGCCUCUAUGGAUUCCUAUGACAGAUGUUAUCCCUAUUUGGUUCAACUUCAUAUUCUCAGAGACAUUGAAAUGAGUCAAAGUCUUGCUCAACUUAUUCCACCAACUCGUAUGCCAUCUGCCACCAGUCAAGAUCAAAAUACCAAUUCUCCAUAUACCCGAAAACCUAUUAAAUUGAUCAUCAACAAUAUCAAUAAUCGGUUUUUAAUUGUUCAACCAAACAUUCAUACAAGAGAACCACUUUUAACUGCUAGAAGAUCCAUCUUUGAAAUAUUCAAUCUCAAACAAGAAGCAAGUCAAUGUUGGCUACAAAUUUCAAAAUAUUCUCGUCGUGAAAAGAAAUUUGAAAAUUCUCUCAAUGCUUUGUUGACUCCUGGCAUUAUAGAAGAUAGAAACUAUAUCAUUGAAAAGGCAAAGAUUGCCUAUUGUAAAGGACAAACAAAUGAAGCUAUUAGUAUAUUGACAGCAGAAAUACAAAAGAAUCAAGAUCACGAUAAAAAUACAUUGGUCAGCGCAAAGACACAUUUAUUGUUGGGAAAAUGGAAACAAGAAGGUGGAUCAACACAAAGUGACAAGAUUCUCGAACACUAUAAACAAUCGACAAAGUACCAAUGGGAAAAAGGAUUUUUGUAUUUGGCAAAAUACUAUGACUAUUUCUUUGAGACGGUUCUUAAAAAGAAUGCCAUCUAUCGUCCGGAACAACAUGUUAGGGAAAAGUUGGAAUUGGAAAAGCAAAAUGUCAAACAUAUGCAAAAGCUUUUAGAGUCGUAUGGAAUGUCUUGCACGUUGGGCAAUCAAAAUGUCUAUGCUAGCAUACCAAGAUUUAUUACCAUUCUCACAGACUAUGGAACAACGCUGUGUGAAAAGGAAAGUGAUGUUAAACAUAUGCUCGAUUUUGAAAGCAAGUCGUACAAGAAUACCAAUCAAGCCAACAAUCCAAACAAAUCUCUUGCCAAUGCCUACAAGACAAUGAAGGAAAAGCUGAUAAAGGUGGCACUCGACGUACCCAGUCAUGCGUGGCUCCUCUUCUUUCCACAGAUUGCCUCUAGAAUUGCUCACAAGAAUAUGGAUACCUAUGAAGUUUUACAAACCAUCAUUGUCAAGGUGCUCAAAGAUUACCCCAAACAAUCGAUUUGGCAAUUUGCCAUCCAACUCUUUUCAAACAUCCCCGAGAGAAAGACACGUGCCGACAAGUGUCUUGCAUUGGCCAAGCAAAAUGGCGAUAAAAAGACCUUUGAAGAUAGUUUUAAUCUAUGUAAUCAGUUGAUUAAUUUGGCCAUGUAUGACCCCGCUCCACAAACCACUAAAAAGCCUUCAAGUAUGCUCAUCUCUAAAAGUAGAGACAAGAUACUCGACCCACUUUCCAAGCUCGUUCAUCUCUCUACCAUUUUGCCAAUGCAAAGAUUCAUGUCUCCAAAACUCCCACAAUCAAAUGAAAUUGGAGAUACGCAACACGAAUACUUUUCAAGUAGUAUUCCAACCAUUAUCAAGGUUGGCGAUCACGUUGAUAUUCUCUCAUCGUUGCAAAAACCUAAAAAGAUCAACCUUCACUCGUCUGAUGGUAAUAUCUACCCAUUCCUCAUCAAACCAGCAGAUGAUCUAAGAAAGGAUGCACGUACCUCUGAAUUUAUGACAAUGGUCAAUUAUCUCUGGUCCAAAGACCCGGAAACUAGAAAGAGACACUUUCACGUCCAAACCUAUUGUGUCAUCCCAAUCAAUGCCGACAAUGGUAUUCUCGAGUGGCUCACCAACACUAUCACCUUUAGAUCGAUUUGCAACUCUUCGGAAUUCAAACCAACCACUGCUCUCGACAAUGCACGCAUUCAAAAACUAUUUGAAAAUGGACAAAACAAAUUGGAAAACUUUAACAAGGUACUGCUUCCUGCCUAUCCAGCCACACUCUAUCGAUGGUUCCAAAAACAAUUCCCAGAUCCAACUAGCUACCUCGAAGCAAGAACAUUGUACACUGUGUCAUUGGCAACGGCAUCUAUGAUUGGCACGAUGAUUGGUCUUGGUGAUCGUCAUCCAGACAAUUUCCUCUUUUCCCUAAAGAAUGGAGAAAUCUAUUUGAUUGAUCUCAACUGUAUCUUUUGGAGAGGUCAAACAUUCCACGUUCCCGAAAGAGUUCCAUUCAGAUUGACCAAUAAUCUACUCGAUAUGCUUGGUGUCUUGGGUGUUGAAGGACCAUUUAGAAUUUGUUGCGAGAAUGCAGUCCGAGUCAUGCGUGAAAACAGAGAAGCUCUACUCGGUGUCGUUGAAUCGGUCGUUCACGAUCCUCUUUGGGGAAAGAAUAAUCAAAAAGAACCAAGAGACAUUAUGAGCAAGGUCAACAAUGAACUACAAGGUUAUUCAAACUAUAAAAACUUUAAUAGUAGUGGAAACAUGGGUCUCCCACUCUCCAUUGAAGGUCAAGUAAAUUCUCUGAUUCAAGAAGCUACAGAUCCAGUUAAUCUAUCUGAAAUGUAUGUUGGUUGGAGUCCCUAUUUAUAA